AUGGCAAAAGUAAUUUUGCACUCUAAAAUAGCUGCCGUAGUAUACAAUGAGCUCCCCAAGGAAGGCAAAAGAGGAGGCAUCAAAGCCUGGCAGUAGAGGAGGGAGUAGAGGGGCCUCCAGGAACACCAGUAAAUCAUCCGUAGGGGGCUCUAGUGAUGGGGCAAGCAAGGGAGCCAAACCUUCAAGACCUCCCUCCACUUCAUCCAUGGACCCCCCGUCCAAGUCAACUCUGAAAGGAACCAAGAAACCACCACUUCAAAAAGAAGGAUCCACUGGAGCAGCAGAUGUUCGACCACCAGGCUCUCCAUUUGAGAAGAAGAAGCCACUCACUAAAGCCGAGCGAAGGGAACUGCAGGAAGCUCAGAGGAGAGCCAAGGCUGAGAAGAAAGCCCCUGGGGGCAAAGUUGGUGAAGGCGCAGCUGUUGAGAGACAGAGCAGCAAUGCAGGUGCUGGGAAGACUGAGCCAGGGCAGGAAGACCACUCAAAGGUGGUGGUUGGACAGAGAGGCUCCUCUCAUAAAAUUACCAAGUCUUCCUCUCAGGACCACCCUCCUCAGAAGCAGGUUCAGUUGUUCACCCACCUUCCUCAAUACUCGAGAGCCCUACCUCCCACCAAGUCAUCAGAUUUCACUGUGGGGAGCAUACCUCCGUGUAUUGUGAAACUAGGACUACAAUAUUCUGAAGGAAUUAUCUGCGGUUCUAACGCAAGAUGCAUUGCACUGUUGGCUGCCUUCAAGAAAGUGAUCCAGAGCUACUCCACACCACCUAAGAAAGAGUUGAGAAGAGACCUAGACGCCACCAUUAAACCAUACAUAACAUUCUUGUCCAAGUGUCGACCUUUGUCAGUAAGCAUGGGCAAUGCUAUCAAACACCUCAAGCUGAAGAUAUCCAACAUACCACCUGACCUCUCAGAGGCAGAGGCCAAGAAGUCCCUGUGUGAUGUGAUUGAUGAUUACCUCAAGGACAAAAUUGACCUGGCUGAUAAGGCUAUCUCCGGGUACUGCCUGACCAUCAUCAACGACGACGAUGUCAUACUAGUACACGCAUACUCUUCAAUAGUUCAGAGGGCCCUCAUGGAUGCUCACAAGGCAGGCAAAAAGUUCAGAGUCAUUGUGGUUGACUCAAGACCCAAACUGGAAGGUCGACACUGUCUGAGACAACUGGUUCAAAGUGGAAUCAAGUGUUCGUACAUUUUCAUCAAUGCAGUCUCGUACAUAAUGAAAGAGGUAUCCAAGGUGAUAGUAGGAGCUCACGGGUUAUUAGCCAAUGGCUACGUCAUGUCUCGUGUGGGAACUUCCCUCAUUGCUUUAGUUGCAAAAUCGUAUAACGUCCCAUUCCUAGUUUGCUGCGAGACCUACAAGUUCUGUGACAAAGUGCAGACCGACUCUUUUGUCAUUAAUGAACUCAGUGACCCCAACGACCUUGUCCCCAUUCACAAGAGGCAAGGCGACUACCUCACUGACUGGACUUCUAUAGAGGCUUUGAAUUUGCUUAACCUGGUCUACGAUGUGACAUCACCUGACCUCAUCACCAUGGUGAUCACACAAGUCGGACUUAUCCCUUGUACCUCUGUGCCUGUAGUACUGAGAAUUAGCCGUGACUUGGAACAAAUGCAAACUACUUAGCAGCAUGCGUAUAAUUAUAUAAAUCAUUUUUGUUAUAAUUAUAAAUUAAAGGUAUGUUUUUUUGUGCAAUUUUCAUGAAUAAUGAGUGUCGCAAGCUGCGCUGUGCUAAUGCC